GAGGGGCCGAGGGGCUUGGAUGAGAUGUCGCGGUACUGGCGUCUCUGUCCACGGCCUCCUCUGCCUGGAUCACCACGGAGGGGAGGCGGGGCGCAUCCCUGCGGGGCGCAUGGCGCGGUGGUACCUGGCUGGGCCUUCGCUGGGCCUUGCUGAGCCGUGGCGAGGACUCUGCAGAUCGGCCGCGGGGCCCCUGCGCUGGGCGCCUCCGCUCUCACCUCCGACCCGCGGCGGCAGGGAUCAGAGAAGCUUGACGAGGGAGACCGCAGGUGGCUUGAGAGUGAAUCUAGAGCUAUCAGAUGCCUUAGAGAUGCUGCCACCUUCAGGUUUCGCAGGGCUGGUCCCCCCCUCCCACUUCCAAGCUCUGCCCCAUCCCACUCAGCCCAGAGCGGCUCCAACCCGGGUCGCAGACAUUCCCCUCCUCCAGCUCCCGGCCCAUCAAGAUGGUUCGGAGAGACACCAGAGGCCUCGGGUGACCGCUUGGGAACGGGAUGUUUCUGAUGGUGAUCGUGGACCAGGUUGGAGAGGCAGGUCCCAGGAACAGGUAGGGUCGCAGGCCCUGAGCCAGCAGGCGGAGCUCAUCUCUCGGCAGCUGCAGGAGGUGCGGCGGCUGGAAGAGGAGGUGCGUGGCCUGCGGGAGACCUCACUACAGCAGAAGAUGAGGCUGGAGGCCCAGGCCAUGGAGCUGGAGGCCCUGGCGCGGGCGGAGAAGGCCGGCCAAGCUGAGGCCGAGGGCCUGCGUGCUGCCUUGGCUGGGGCUGAGGUUGUCCGGAAAAACCUGGAAGAGGGCAGCCAGCGGGAGCUGGAGGAGGUGCAGAGGCUGCACCAGGAGCAGCUAGCCUCCCUGAGGCAGGCUCACCAGCAGGCUCUGGCCAGUUUGACCAGCAAGGCUGAGGUCCUGGAGAAGUCUCUGAGUAGCCUAGAGGCCAGGAGGGCCAGGGAAGCUGAGGAGCUGGCCACUACCCAGAAGGAGGCUGAGCUGCUUCGGGGGCAGCUGAGCAAGACCCAAGAAGAUUUGGAGGCUCAGGUGACCCUUGUUGAGAAUCUUCGGAAAUACGUCGGGGAGCAGGUCCCACCCGAGGCCCGCAGCCAGGUGUGGGAACCAGAGCGGCAGGAGCUUCUGGAUGCCGUGCAGCACCUUAAGGAGGACCGCGCCAGCCUGCGCGCCACUGCUGAGCUGCUGCAGGUGCGCGUACAGAGCCUGGUGCACAUGCUCGCCCUGCAGGAGGAGGAGCUGACCAGGAAGGCUCCUCCUCCAGGUUGCCUGGAGCCAGAGUUUGCUGUGAAGCACCAGUCCUUGCUGAACCUCUGGCGGGAGAAGGUGUUUGCCCUCCUGGUGCAGCUCAAGUCCCAGGAGCUGGAGCACAGAGACUCGGAGAAGUUGCUGAGGGGACAGGUGGCUGAGCUCCAGGAACAAGUGACAGCCCAGAGCCAGGAGCAGGCCAUCCUGCAGCGCGCCCUGGAGGACCGAGCUGCGGAGGUGGAGGUGGAGCGCGUGGGUGCCAAGGCCCUGCAUAUGGAGCUGAAUCGGGCUCAGGAGGCCCAGCGGCGGCAGCAGCAGCAGACGGCCUCAGCAGAGGACCAGCUGAAGCUAGUGGUCGCCAUAGUCAGCAGCUGCCAGAUGGGCCUCCAGAGCACCAUGACGAAGCUGGAACAGGCUGUAGCCCGGCUUCCCAGCCUCAGCCACCGACUCAGCUAUGCUACCCGCAAGGUGCACACCAUUCAGGGCCUGAUGGCUCGAAAACUGGCCCUGGCUCAGCUGCGCCUGGAGAGCUGCCCUGCACCUGCACCCCCAGCUGAUACCAGCCAGUGCCUUGAGCUGCAGCAGCUUCGCGAAGAGCGGAACCGCCUGGGUGCGGAGCUGCAGCUGAGUGCCCGCCUCAUCCAGCAGGAGGUGGGCCGGGCACGGGAGCAAGGGGAGGAGGAGCGGCAGCAGCUGAGCAAGGUGGCCCAGCAGCUGGAGCAGGAGCUGCAGUGCGCCCAGGAGUCCCUGGCCAGCGUGGGGCUGCAGCUGGAAGCCGCUCGCCAGGGCCAGCAGGAGAGCAUGUUGGAGGCCACCAGUCUCCGGCAGGAGCUGACCCAGCAGCAGGAGACCUACGCAAGAGCUCUGCAGGAGAAGGUGGCCGAAGUGGAGGCCCGGCUGCGGGAGCAGCUGUCGGAUGCAGAGAGGAGACUGAAGGAGGCGCGGAGGGAGCAGGCCAAGGCGGUGGUCUCCCUGCGCCAGAUGCAGUGCACAGCUGCCCGGGAGAAGGAGCGGAACCAGGAGCUGAGGCGUCUGCAGGAGGAGGCUCGGAAGGAGGAGGGGCAGCGGCUGGGCCGGCGCUUGCAGGAGCUAGAGCGGGACAAGAACCUCAUGCUGGCCACUUUGCAGCAGGAGGGUCUCCUCUCCCGUUACAAGCAGCAGCGCCUGUUAGCGGUUCUUCCCACCCCACCACCAGAAGAGGGGAAGCCGGUGGAGUCAAGCUCCAGGCCUUCAGGUGCCAUGGCGGCCGAACCGUCCCCCAGGAAGCCCGGAAAAGGUGAUGGGCUCAGUGCAGGGUGGGGCUUGGGAGCACCAGCCUGGGGCGCCCUCCAGGACCCCUCCCACCUGCGCUCCCAUCAUCCCUGGCAUCUCCUCCCCAGGGUCACUGGCUGUGCUGCUGGACAACCUGCAGGGCCUUGGCGAGACCAUUACCAAGGAAGAGGCUGUUUGCCAGGGGGACAGCCAUCGAGUUCCUGCUCCAGUCCACGGCUGGGCAGCUGGGGGCGGGAGUGGCCAUGGCCCGGCGGCUGGGUCCCCAGAGGCGGUGCUGGAGAGUGGGAUGGGCCCUGUUGUGUCCGAUUCCAACCUCUGCUAGACCUGAGCUGUGCACCAAUAAAGAGACUUCAGUGGAGGGGCCAGGGCACGCGUGAGAGCGGUUCCCCGCAGAGCCCUCCCCGGCCCCUUUGGAGAGGCUCCGAGAAGCACUUGUUUUUCCUUAUUCUCACCUUUUGCCUUAAACUUUUCUAGCCAGGGCCAGGGGUUUAGCUCAGUGGCCUAAGCGCCUGCCUGGCAAGCAUAGAGUUGGGAGUUCAACCCCCAGUACCAAAAAAAUAUCUUCCUAGCCCGCUGUGGUGCCAUAUCCUGUAAUCCCAGCACUCCAAGAGGCUGAGGCAGGAAGAUCAAGGCCAGAAAAAUACAAGGGCUGGGGAUGUGGCUUAGCGAAGGCCUUGGGUUCAAUGUCUAGUAACAAAAAAAUUAGUAAAUACUGGCUCGUU